AUGCUCACUCAACGCCCCUCAUUCCGCUUCCUGGCCAUCGGCGCCGGGGUGUGCCUCCUCCUUCUUACAUUCUUCGUCUUCGGUACCGACACAUCCCGCGGUCUUUCCUCAAAAUAUAUCAUAAAACCAUACCCAAGACAGCAAUAUUGUGCCCCGCCUGUGAACUCGUCUGCGGGGUGGGAGUUUGUCGUUGAGCGGGAUGGGAACAACCACGGGCUCAGCGAGGAGCAGUGCCGCAUUGCUUUUCCCAAGUUAUAUCUGGAGAUUGACAAGUCCUCUUCAUUGAGGACUGAUAAGCGAGUUUCCUACACGGAGCUCAACUCACGGACGGUCGACGAUGGCAUGAUGCGGGGAAUCAUUGAUCGUGGGGAGUUAUAUAUCGUUGAAUAUGCCCCAAUGCCCGUUACAGCUACUAGAGCACGCGCUACACUCAGCUCCCUUCACCGCGCCCUGACAGCAUUCCCCGACCGCCACCUCCUACCGAGCAUCGAAUUCAUCUUCACAUCAGAAGACUUCGCAGAGGACACAACAGGCCCAAGCCCCAUCUGGGCAUACUCCAAGCGCGACUCAGACACUUCAGUAUGGCUAAUGCCCGACUUCGGAUACUGGGCCUGGCCGGAAGUGCAUAUCGGACCGUACCACGAAGUCCGCCGCCGCAUAGCCGCAAUCGACGACGGUGAGACCGCCGCAGACGGUGCGCACGUACUGGGUCUGCAAUUCAAGGAAAAGAAGAAGCAGCUCGUGUGGCGGGGCAGUCUGGCAACUAAUCCGCCCGUGCGGACCAAGCUGCUCAAGUCCGUCCAGGGUCGUAGUUGGGCUAGCGUGCGUGUCAUUGAUUGGGACGAUGAAAAUGAUAUUCGGUUCAAUCUCCUGCCUAUUGAGGAUCACUGUCGGUAUAUGUUCCUCGCGCACACCGAGGGUCGGAGCUUCUCUGGCAGAGGCAAAUAUCUUCUUAACUGUCGGUCGGUUGUCAUAUCGCAUCCGCUUCAAUGGCGCGAGGCUCAUCAUGCUGCGUUGGUUGCUUCUGGUCCGGAUGCGAACUAUGUUGAGGUUGACGGGGAUUGGUCUAAUUUACCGCAAAAGAUCGAUUAUCUCAUUGAUCACCCGGAUACUGCGGAGCGUAUUGCGAAUAAUGCCGUGCGCACUUUCCGAGAUCGCUACCUUACUCCCGCUGCGGAGUCAUGCUACUGGCGCCAGUUGAUCAGACAGUACUCUGCGGCUUGUGAUUUUGAGCCUGUGUUGUUUUCGACUGACAGGGAUGGGAAGACUCGGCCUCGGGGUGUUCCUUACGAUACUUGGCUACUCACGCAUUGA